GUUGUGCAAGAACACUUCCGGACGAAGACAAGUCACAUGUCCAUUUAUUUGUUUAAAAAAACAGAAGGCCAGCAUUCUGAGGACAUGUUGCUGUAGCACAUAAAACCCAUUAACAUCGCUACUUGUAGAGUGAGGACAGACUGAGCAGCCAAAGAGAGCGUCUGGACCAUAGGAGGGGAAACGCGAACUGAUUUUUAAUAACUGAAGACGCAUCCGUUUUCGGCAGGCGAGUUGGGCAACACAUGCUUAUGAGCAGUACAUCAAUGAAGCAGACUAAAGACAAGCCAGACACUGAAGUCUACACACGGAGAUUGUUUUGUUGAAUCUAAAAAAGAAAAGAUAACGAGAACUAAUCUGCAAAUAUAAGAAGGUGUAGACAAUUUCAUGCGUAAAAAUGUAUCCUUUCUAUUUUACCUGUAUAUUGGUAAUAGUUGGUACGUGGGGGGUCCUGGGGUCCCUGCAGACCCCAGCAGGGAACUCUUCAACAGCAUCAAUUCUGGAGAACAGCAGUGAUCAGACCAACUCCACGUACACGUUUCCCUUCGGGGACAACAUUUCUGCUAUCUUGAGAGACCUUCCCACGUUGAAAAAUAUUGUCUUUAUCGUAUGCGGCUUCACUGCUUUUCUUAUCACUUGUUUGGUUGUUAAAGUGUUCAGGUCUGGAAGAAAGAUAAGGAAGACGCGCAAGUAUGACCUCAUCACAACGCCGGCGGAGCGAGUGGAAAUGGCUCCUUUGAAUGGAGAUAAUAACGAUGAAGAUGAGGAUUCCACUCUCUUUGAUGUGAAAUACAGGUGAAGAGGGCUGCGUGAACUGAGCCGGCCCCCGCAAAGUCACUCCACUGCUGCGUUCUGGCACAAAACAAACGACUUGAGUUUUCUGUUUAUUAUCCUCAACAUUACACUGCUGUAAAUGAAGUAUCUGUCAUAAAAAAAGAAACACAAUUGACAUGAUAUCUCGGGUUAUUCUCCACAGACAGGCAGGUGUAUAAUACUAAUGGAACAAAUAGGUUAGGCUGCCUGUAGGUAACCUGGUCAUCAAUGAAAUACUGGCCUACUGGUCCCCUUCAUUAGAAACAUUAAAUGUUAAUCAAAAACAAUACAUAAACAACAUGCAAUUAAUGCUGUACCAGUAAUUAAAUACCUUGUAUUUCAAGCUUAACACUGAAAAAAAAGAUAGAAUUAUCUUCAAUCUUAAACAGAACUUUCUGAACAAAAAUAAUUGUUUGCAUAGGGGUAUAAAAGUGUGUAUGUAUGUAUGUAUGUAUGUAUGUAUGAUAUAUAUAUAAUCUUGUUUUGUCUGGGUAUACAAGUGUGAGAAAUGC